GUUGCCAUGGAGCUGAGUUUGUUUCCUUCCUGUCGCUUACACAAAGUGAAAAGUUGUGCUUUAUAAAUAAAAUCAAUGCGGCGUUAAAAAGUCCUCGUUGUCCACACAUGCUGGGUAUGUGAACAACGAAGUGCACGGGGAGUUCAUGUUUUCCAGCUCGGUGGCAAAUAAGGAAGCAGGGUGCAAUCCUUCGACCUGUGCAGGCCUCAUUUAAUCUCAUAAUGAGUGGAAAAGAAGCAGAGGGCCGCUUGCAGGUCCUCCAGAUCUACCGCCUGCUGCAGUGUGUCCAUGAAGGGGACAAGGUGCAGAUAGAGAGGAUGGUGAACAUUGGGGUGGAGAACCUUAUCAAUCUCACGGAGCCUAAAGAUGGCACGGGUGUGCUUCACGUGGCAGUUUCGGCAAACAAUCAAGACCUGGUCAGCUUCCUCCUAUCACAGGGAGUACACCCUGAUAUCCAAGACAAGAAGGGCCGCACUGCAGCCAUGUUGGCAGCGGAAUUGGGCAAUGAUGCCAUAGUGGCACUGCUGACCCAGAACCAGGCUGACCUGAUGCUCCAAGACACUGAGGGCAAAGGUGUUCUGUUCUACUGCAUCUACCCCACCAAGCGUCACACUCGCUGCCUGCAGGUGGCAUUAAAGUGCCAGGCAGACGUCAACAAUGCUUCAGCAGAAGGGAGUCACGUCUUCCAAUUGAUGUGUGAAAGAGCCGAGGAGUGCACCCCUAUGUGUCUCCUAAUGCUGGACGCAGGGGCAGACCCUAAUGCAACAAAUGAGAAAACUGGUGUCACUGCGUUGAUGGGGGCAGCUAAGGCCGGCUCACUCCAGCUGGUUCAAGCUAUUCUCAAGAAUGGCGGAAACCCCAAUGCCUUGGACCAAAAACGUCUGGCAGCAGUGCACUAUGCUGCUGUAGGCGGCUUUUUUGAGGUGAUUAAGGUGCUGUCAGCAUACUCCGCAGACAUGGGCGUGCUCAACCUAGAGGCCUGCACACCACUACAUUACGCUGCUGCCACAGGCAAUGCCAACUGCUGCAAGUUCCUGGCCCAAAGAGGUUGUAACCCCAAACUAAAGAACCAGGAAGGUUUGCUGCCACGUCAGAUUGCCAAAGAUGCUGGUCACAAAGCAGCUGCUAAGGAGCUGAGGAAAGCAGAGAGGCAACAAGGAAAAGGCCAAAAAUCCAGCGGUGCCCCCCCCCUGUCAGAUGUUUGGGCUCUGAACCUUCAUGACUGGUCUCAUGAGUAUGAGACAGACAUACGGCAAGCCUGUGGGGACAAAUCAGACACAGUUACCACAGAAAUGUUUAUUUCAGUGCUAGAAGAUCUAAAAGCCCCGGUUGAACUAGACCAGCUUAAUGCAGUCAUCUCAGCCCUCGACAAGGGAGGAGAGGGCUGUGUCAACAUCAAUGAUUUCAUCAAAGGUGUCAAGUAUAUCAAGAAACCAUUCCUCCUCUCCUCUUAUGUGCCGAAAAAGAAGGGAGAAAAAGCAGGAAAAGGAGGCAAGAGAAAGGGUAAACUUGUCCUCCCCUUGCCUAUUUGCACACUUCCUCCAGAGCUCAUGAUCCGACGACCCGAUGGAGGCCCUCCCCGCUUCAUGAUUGAGACUUACUACAAUUGCUCAGACCCCCGUCGAUUUGACGUAGGUCACCCACCAGAACAUCCCAUAAUAAAUGACUCAGGGUGGUACCUAGAAAAGCCACAAAAGGUCUACCUCAAUAUCAACUACGCUGUGAAAAGUGGAGACCUGGAGUCUCUGAACCUGGCUUUCAAUCAGGGAGUUCCUGUGGAUGUGAAAGAUCAGUUUUACAAGACUCCUCUGAUGGCGGCCUGCUCAAGUGGAAACUACGAAGUGGCCCAGUACCUCCUCAGUCAUGGGGCGGAUGUGAAUGUAAGCGACCAGUUCUCCUGGACACCUCUCCACCAUGCGGCUUACGCUGGACAAGUGGAACUUAUUGAGCUCCUUGUGCAGGCAGGGGCUGCAAUAGAUGCCAAGACCCUCAGUGGAGGGACGCCCCUCAUGAGGGCCAUUGAGAGCUCUCGUCCCUCCUGCGUUGAUUUCCUCAUCAAGGCGGGUGCCAGCGUUCAGGCAGAAAACAAGAAAGAGCAAAACUGCCUCGAUAUUGCUCGAGCUUUCGCAGACUCCAGGAUAGUUGAUUUGGUCAAAGACAAUAUGGAUUCUCUUCCAAAACCAAAGGAGUCAUCAAAGGGAAAGGGGGGCAAAUCUGAAAAACCUAAAGGAAAGGUAUCCAAGAAAAAACAUUAAAACCUUCUGACCACCAAAUACAAACACAUUAAAACCUUCUGACUGCAAACUUC